AUGCGACGUACGGUGCUGACAAGCGAACUGAUGCACCACCGUGCCAACGUUGUUGUUCCAGAGAGAAUCAGGAGGUUGAUUCACGCAUUCCAGUCACAUGAUUUUCCUGAAUUUGGACGCAUCGUUAUGGCCGAUAGUAACCAACUUCAUGCUGUUUGUAUGGAUUCAUUCCCACCUCUUAAGUACUUGUCGGAUGCAUCAUGGCAUGUCAUUAGAACAGUGAAUGAGUUCAAUGCUGAGAGCGGGAUUCGUGCAGCUUACACCUUCGACGCUGGGCCAAAUGCGUGCGUUUUUGUAGAAGAAAAAGAUUUGAAGGCAUUUCUAGAGCAACUUUGUCAACAGUUCGUUGUUGCUGAAGAUAUCGUAGCCAAUUUUUCACAAGCGGCAGGUGAUUUCAGUUGCAAAGCUGCUCCUAGGACUUCUUUUGCCAUUAAAAAUGUCGUCGUUAGUAAGGUUGGUGGACCACCGAGAACUGUUUCAUAA